AUGAGGAGCCCGAGCUCAACCAUCGAGAGCACGAGCUCGGCCGCCAUGAGAAUGAGGAACCCGAGCUCGGCCACAAUAGGACCUUGCACGGGUCCUCCGGACCUUGAGGAGUCCGUCGAACCUUGCGGGAUUCCUUCACACCUUGUAAGGGUUCGUCAGACCUUGCAAGGGUCCGCUAGACCUUGCAAGGGUUCUCUAGACCUUGCAAAGGAUGUCCAACCUCGCCUAUCGCCGAACAAAAGAGCUUUUGGGUCCAAGUCAAAAAACUUUGGCCACGAAGAACUCGAGCUCGACCACCAAGAGAAUGAGGAGCCCGAGCUCGGCCGCCAUAUCUACGAAGAGCCCGAGCUCAGCCACCAAGAGAAUGAGGAGCCCGAGCUCGGCCGCCAAAACUAUGAGGAACCCGAGCUCGGCCACCGAGAGCACGAGCCCAGCCAACAAGAUAAUGAGGAGCCCGAGCUCGGCCACCACGACUACGAAAAGCCCGAGCUCGGCCUCCGAGAGCCCAAGCUCGGCCGCCACAACUAUGAAGACCCCAAGCUCGGCCACCAAGAGACCAAGGACUUUGCAAGGGUGCUUCAGACCUCGUAA